UUUCAGAUGUCUAUAGUGGGACCGAUGCUUCCCCCAGAGCUUUUCGAUGAGACUCUCGACCACCUCUGGGACGACACGAACGCCCUCCGAACCUGCAGCCUAGUCUGCCGUGACUGGGUUCCCACCACACGCCUACACCUCUUCCGCACCGUCCGGUUAUCCUCAGAGACAGCUUGCACCGAGUUCUCCGCUCUCUCGGAGAACAGUCCCGCCAUCGCCCGUUGCGUCCGGAAGCUGACUAUCAGCGCACAAUAUUCCGGUGUCGGUGCGGACAGCCGUGGAAUAGAAGACGACGAGUGGGUAAACGCUUCGGCAGAGAUAGCGCGGACGCUUGGGGUGCACGGCAGGGUGAACACUCUCGCGCUCAGCCGCCUGAGGUGGACAUCCCUCGAACAGUGCACGCGAGACGCGUACAAGGCGGUGUUUAGGGGGGUUAAGACUCUUCUGCUCUUCGAGGUACGCUUCCACGCGUCAGGUGACGUGUUAGAGUUCCUCGACGCGUUCCCCGACCUCGAAGAGCUCUAUUUCCACGCCGUGUCCUGGGAUUUCGAAUCUGCCGCACCCGCAAGUCCGGUGUCCGCGGUAGAAUGGAUUUCGCGGGCACAGUUACUAGAGAGCGACAAGAAGAUGCACUUGAGCUACUUGUUCUUGGAUCCGAGGUCUUCGCCGACCUUGGUCACGGAGUGGAUUCUCAGCCAUCCGUUGGAACAGAAGCUCCGGACUAUCCAGCUAUGCUGGAGGGAACUCGACAAUACCAAGGCUUUGGGAGAUCUUCUUCAGGCAAGCGGCUCUUCCCUCGAACGCUUGCAAGUCGAGUUUCCAGCCGGCAUAGCAGAGGAAACCGUCCUGCACAAUCACGUCAGCUUGAUUCAUAAUACGUCUCUGCGUUCACUCUCUUUUGGUGGCCUGGACGUUACUGUGGAUUCUUCGCGGACAUUCCUCUCGACUCACCUCUUUCCCUGGGUCACACUCAUGCUGGACGACUUGCAGUCUCCCUUCCUCCGGGAGGUAACCUUUGAGCUCGAGACUCCGGACAUCCAGGGACUCACGGGCCUCGACUGGCCGCGCAUCGAUGCUGAGCUGUCGAAGCGCGAGUUCAGCGGCCUCACCGUCAGGUUCUACGUAAACUGCGACUCUUGGACACGCGGGGGCAAGGUUGAGGACGAUAUCCGGGAUGCGAUCACGGAACGCCUCCCUGGGUUUAAGAGUAGAGGCACCUUGCGGGUAUCAUGCAUCUAGAUGGCGCGAAGUGGGAUAUCUAUUAGAUUUGGGCUCCGGUAGCCUGGUGCUACCGGCGUGGUAUAUGUUGGGUUAAUUGUCUCGUACUAAUAUGGGCUGCAUGCACUUGCUAGUGUACUUGUGUUAUUUGCUAUCACGCUCUCGCCGUGUUUCUCUCUAGAUGUUUCGUAGACAGGGGUUAAUGGUGUUAGUCGUACAGUGCUUCCCGUAUCUAUUCACAUCAGAAAGGAUCUGCUCGAGCUUGACUGCCAUCACAAGCCGCCUAAGAGGGGGUGCUCCGCUCCUGAAGAUACCGCUAGAUGUGAGUCAGUUUC